UUUACAGUGUUUUAGUACUUCUGGAAAAAGCGUCCGAUGUUUUGAUUGACAGGUGAAGAAAAACGCGCAUGCGCCGUUGCUCACAUCAGCCCUCCGGCUUACCGUAGAAAAGCGAAGCGUUGUGGACGAACAUGUCAUAUGUGAAACUGGUGUCGCUGUUUGUCGGAGCUCCGGGUGUGACGGCGCUGCUGAGCGGCUCGGUGCAGGCGGCCAGCGAGGCGAAGAAGAAGAGCUCCCAGCCCGCUCUGAGCAUCGAUGAGCUGCCGUCGUUAUACACCAUCCCUGAAGCAGAGCCUCGCCAUGUGGAGCCAGAGGCGGGGACGGUGGAGCGGAGCGUCGCAUCGCUGAGGAAAUGGGCCGAACCGUACACGAGCCAGUGUCAGCAAACGGUCCAGGCUGCAGUGGACAAAGUUGAGCAAGCGUACAGGACUGUGGAGCCCACAAUCACCACCUCCAAAACAGCAGUCACAGAUGUGUACCAGUUCCUCAGUGACCCUCCUCCUGACCUCUACCCCAGUGUAGCAGUGGUCGGCUUCUCCGGCUUCCUGGGACUUUAUUUGGCCAAAGGCUCCAAGGUGAAGCGGCUGGUGUUUCCAGUUGGACUCAUGGCUCUGAGUGCCUCCAUGUUUUACCCUCAGCAGGCUGCGACCAUACUCAGGGUGAGUCGGGACUCUGCGUACACCUGGGCUCAGCAGGGCCGCGUCACCCUGGAGACUCUUUGGAAAGAGCCACCGUUUGGCAAAAAGAAGAAGAAAGAGCGAACAGAGAGCAACGACUCGAGGAGCUGAGACGGCGUGAAGACACACACCUAUCCAACCUGCCAGACUCUCACCUUCAGGAACACUCGAACCUGUACGACUGCUGUAGAGGAAGGAUGCCUUUACCUUAUUCACACAUGACCAAACUCAAGUUAGAUGUAUUCCAGAAACGUUUGUGUAUGUGUGUUGAUGUGUCUGUUGUUCCUGAAACCACUUCUGCCUCCUCAAGUCAAUUCUGAACACCUGCUCCAAGAAGCCGGUCCACUCAUGUGUCUGAUGACUGCAGGUUUCCAGAUAACUCUGUGAAUCUGCUUCUUGGAUUAUUCCUCAGCGCUGCUUCUCUGUAAUCAUUCCUAGUUGCUCCUACAGUGAUUUCAGCUCUUUCUCAGUCUGUCUUUAUUCAACGAAACAACCUGCACUUAUGCAGUUGAAGCCUCACAACACAACUCCACAGAGAUACUAAAACUGUUAAGUCAGAAAUCUUCAGAAACCUCAAGAAGUGAGUUAAAUCUGAAGCGUAUGAUUAGGAGGUUAACUGAUGUUUGCAGAUUCCCAAAUGUGAGAGUUUACUAUCAAGCCAGACAAGGAAAAGGAGCAAACUGAAUAUCUUUGGGUUUUGCACCGUUAAACCGUAAUUAAGACCCCAACGUUUUAUUUUCUUAGCUUUAAAUGGAAAAAUUGCUUAAUCAGUGAGUCAGUAAAAUAAUUUAAAAGAGUAGUUCAACAUUUUGGGGAAAUGCAUUCAAUUUCCUGCUGAGCGUUAGAGGAAGAGAUUUGAUUUGAUACAACUCAUGUCUGUACAGCAAAUAUAAAGUCGAGGAAAGUUGCUGGUUAGCUUAGCAUAAAGACUGGAAACAGCUAGCCUGUCUCUGGCCAAAGGUAAUAAAACCCACCUACCACCACCUUUGUUUAACCUGUUGAAAAACUGAAGUGUAACUUUCUUCUCAGAAAGUUUCAGCUGGUAGGUGGGUUUUGUUAACUGUGGACAGAGCCAGGCUAGCCGUUUCCAGUCUUAAUGUGAAGCUAAGCUAACCAGCUGCUGGCUGUCCCUUCAUAGUAACAGUAGAGAUAUUAGAGUAGUACAGUAUCACUUCUCUCAGAAAGAGAGCGAAAAUGCGUAUUUCCCAAAAUGUCAAAUUAUUUCUUUUUAAACAGUUCUGAUAAGCCAACAUCAGUCAUCUUGGUUAGCAUCAUUGAUUAGCAUUUAGUCAGUAAAGUGUAUCCUCAGGUAGAGCUAACGUUGCUGUCCUGUCACACUGUGAGCAGAGGGGCUGACUGUAAAGGCUUCAUUCAUUCAGUUUCAUUCUGACACGGUAUGAAGCCAAAGUUUCUUCUCUCUGCUGAGUGCUACUUUGAUCUUGGCAAGGGCAGCUUUCAACAGUUUCUUUUCUCAAACAAGAUCAUUAAACGUUUAGUAUUUGUUUCAAACAGUAAUUUAUUUAAAGUUUGAUGCUAAUAAAACUGCUUUGCAGCUUGACUUACUUACCAAUUAACUGAAUGACACUGUAUAUAUUGUCCAUGUGUAAUAAUGCGCCUGUAAAUACUGUGAGAAGUUUAAUCUUAAUCCUACAUAAUUAAAUCUAGCACGUGA